AUGGCACAUAAUCGCCCAGGAGAAUCAACUCAUUCCCCAGAAGAGUGGAAGGAUAUUCACCCAGUCUUCCGAACCAUAUACAUGGAUCAUGGCUGCAGCUUGGAGCGGACGAGGAUGAUACUAGAGUUGGCGUAUAAUUUCUUCGCACCCGAAGGAGCAUUCCGCCGCCAGAUAAGACAAAAUUGGCGAGAUUGUGCAACGAACACCAAAAAAGCCCGUGGAAAUCGAACGAGGUCAAAAAUCAUCAAAGUGAAGUUGCCUGACUUCCCUGACUAUAUAGACGAAUUAGCUAUUGGCGAAUUCCUUCGAUCGAUAAACAGAUCAUUGGUUAGCAGAUCCCUUCGCUUGCUACCAUUAGAACCCUUUGACGGCCGUAUUCGAGUACUCUUGUCACUAGAUAAGUACAUUAAAGGCUUUUUUGAUUCUUCAGCAUCACGACGCGUGCAACAGGGCAAUGGUGCUGUACAAGAUGCAAACAGCACAGAAAAUAAAAGUCUUGAACAGAAACCAGCUGUUGGUGGCAGAUGGCGCCGUGCCUUGAGCCUUUGUCAGGAGAUCUCAAUACUUCCCCAAAAGAAGAAGGAUAUCAUUGAUUUCGACACAUUUCCUGACGAAAUCGAUACCAAUAGAGCUAUCAAGGAGGAGGGUAUUCAGAGAAUGAAGAACAUAGCUACCGGUAUUCUCAAGACCAAAAUCUUCACCAAGCUUGAGGUGAUUGAGAAUGGGACUACCCCCAGCGACUUGCCUACGCUCUGGAGCGUUUGUCGCGUCUUGAGGGGGCUUUCAUUUCAACUUGGCUAUUUCAAAGACUCCGAAGGUUUAUUAAUGAGGCUUCUUUUGGAGGAAUUAUGGAAGUUGUACGCUCAGAUCACAGAAGGUCCUAAUACCGAGAUGGGUCGGGCUUUGGAACACCUUCGGAACAUCGCAUCAGAGGAUCUCAAAUACGUUGCUUGCAUAAGCUGUCUCUGUUCGGCUAGGGCACUGUCUAGCAGGCUUAAGCCCUAUGACCCAGUUGUUCUACAAGUCUGGCUUGACUACUAUCAGCAUUAUGACAAAAGCAGCUUGAGAAAAGAUGUGUUCCUUUGUCAUUACGAGAGAGCAUAUGGGGAAGCGAAUGCAAAUCAGCAGAUCACAAGAAGUAGGACAGAUGGUGAGAAAGUUCUCCUGGUUCUCAUGGACUACUGCUACGUCGCUCAUUACGUUUGCCACGACAGGGCUUUGGCGUAUCGUCUAUCGUCUGAGCUUUGGAAUCUUACUGGUGCUAUACUUGCUGGGGAGCAGCCACCAAAAGCCUGGUCUAUUGAGGUCCAAGGAAUGGCCGAAGCAGCCAAGAUACAAGCUUUGGUUUGCUAUAUAAAGCAUGAGGACAAACUCAAGAGCCGCGAGGACCUUAAGGUAAACAAAAUCCACAAAUACAAUCUUGCCAGCAGACAGUCUCGACGCAAGUACCGAAGGGCAGUCCUUCAAGACCGUCAAAUGAACCAUGUGCUCGGAUAUCUGCCGCCAUACGACCCGGAGGCGCAGGCUCAGAUUGGCUUACAAGAAAUGUUCUACAAAUUGAUCUUUAGUCCUAAGCUAGACUUCCAGCUCCUAGCAACCCAACUUCAAGACUUACUCGCGACACUUUUGGAUACCAAGACACAGGCAAUCGAAAACUUGGAGGUAGCCAUCAGGCUGCUGCAUAACAGCAACGAUACAGACUGUCAAUUGCUAGCAGCAGGGCUGUACGACCAGCUUGCUUCUAUCACUUGUGCCUGUAGCCAAGAUGUCAACAGUGUUCUUCAGUCUGUGAAGUCUCUGUUUAAGAAGGCCAAUGAUUCGCCGCUCACCGAGAAGGAAUUAUCUGACCUGAAGGGAUUCUUGGAGAAGGAGGCCCAGGCAAGAAGGAUGCAAGGGGAGAAUCAUCGUGACUCUGCCAAGGAUUUGAGACGAUUGGUUAUGGUGUUUGAUGCUUACAUCGACCUUGAUCAGUUUAUUUCUUAUCAGUAG